CUCCCAACACUCUCUCCCUCUAACUACUCUCUCCCUCUAACUCUGCGUCCUGGUUCGCCACCAACAUAGGCGGACUGGCCGAGGCUACGGGGCGAGGUAGGCCGAGGAAGGAGGCGACGAAGCUAGCUGUACCACCACAGAAUUCAGGUGAACCGUCAACUUCAAACAAUAAGGACAAUCUCACAAUUGAGGAAGAGGAUCGCACAAACCCUAAAUCACAUGAUUUGGGGGUAAUUUGUCAGUCACCACCAUCAAUGAAGCUGAGCUGGUCCUCCAUUGUUCAAGGACCACCGUCCCUUGACUGGACUCAGCCAACAACACCAGCAGCAUCACCUAGCAGCACGCAGAGAGCACCUACCCAGAUUCCUUCGAACAUCUCAAAAGUUCGGACUCUCCAUGUGACCUCGCAAGGACCAUCAUCACGUGUUUUGACCCAGACUGCCUCACCACUGCUUAAUGUGAACAACAUUCAGAGUGCAAAUAUGCAGCAGGUUCCAUCGUUCAAUUUAGCAGAGGAGACCCUUCCUUCUCAAGAUUUCAAACGUUUCUUCCCAAUUAAAAAAUGGAAUCACCUAUGGAUGAGAGUGUUGGAAAAAUAACUUAUAUGUAAUUUCGACCCACAUCGAAGAAUUAGAAAGAUGUUAACUAUCAUAUAAUAGGCUACUCCUACUAUUACCAAUUGGUUUUAAGAUGAAACAUCAUCAAAUUUAUCUACAGUCAUUCUUCUCUUAUGCAGAUUGUGUUAUGUACAAGUCUAAUAAUAAAUUAUCAGUAAUAGUUAAAAGGUAAUGGUAAUUACUAAUAAGUAGUAAUUGGUAUUGGGAUAUGCCGGCAAGAAUGAUGUCUCCCUUAAUCUCAAUCUUGUUAGUUACAAAG